UGUCGAUAUUGUCAUUAAAGUUCUUCCAGCGAAUCAUAUUUCUUAAUUGAUUCUUUUUUCCUCUUCGUUGUUCUUUCAAAUACGUUUUUUUAAUAUCGUAAGCUGAAAUUAAUCGUUUAAGAAUUAAACAAAAAAACAAAAAAAAACAGUGGAAUAUACGGGGAAUAUAAAUCAGGAACUUUUCAUCAAUUUUUUUCAUACAUUGUUUAAAAUUGGUAGUCAUCGACAGUGUAGAUAUAAACAUUUAAAUGUGUUUUAAUUUAAAAUAUGCUUCCCCUCGCUUGGUACUAAAAUAUUUAUCAUGAAUUGUAAUAAAUUUCUAAAUUUUUGUUAUUUCUUACAAAAAACGAUUGAUAUAACAGUUGAUAAUAAAAAGAUUGUAAAGUAUAUAAAAAAAAUGUUUAAAGUAUCGCAAGAUAACGAACAUAAUUUUCGUUAUACGUUACUGAUGUACCGGAACCUUGUGCUACUUAUUAGGACUGAAUGGAUUGAUAUGAAAUGUCUUUUGCGUAUGUAAGAUGAUUUUUCAUUUCUUAAAUGUUCAUCAUCUUGAACAGAGAAAACAUUUAAAUGGAAAACGUCUUUUCAGCGACACCUAAACCAACCUAAACUGAUGAAAAGGAUACGUUACUUAAUGUGCAUUGUUUUGCCGCGGAAUUGUUGUAUGUAACUACAUAGUUUCUUAUUAAAUUUUAAACGAUCAAUGGCAAUAUCUUUGCGAUAUACAAUACGAUUGUCGUCGUCGAUAUUUAUGAAAAAUGUUUGUAUAGAAACGAGAAGUAGUAACAAACGAUUCAUCAUGACAAGUCGAUCGAAACUUGACAAAGUUUUAAAUGAUCUCCAAAAGAAUCCUUAUUUUGACAAGUAUGCUGAAAAAAUAGCGAAGUUUCAGAAGACUUGUCCGGAAGAGUUUUUGCAACGUGCCGAAAAUCAAGAAAAGAAAGAACGAAAAGCGAAAGUUGCAGUUCAUUUAACAAGGUCUUCUGUACAAUCCUUGUGGACCUUUCCAUUCUUGAAAACUAAAAUACAAUCGUCGUGGUCUCAUAUUAAUAAAAACAAUUUCUGUGAUAAUGCGAUUAAGAACACAUACAUCACUACACCUAUAUUUUAUGUUAAUGCUGGACCACAUAUCGGACAUCUUUAUACUGCAGUUUUGGCAGAUGCUAUGGCUAGAUUUAAUUCUAUGUUAGGACAUUCUGUAUUUCUAAACACGGGAACAGAUGAACAUGGCACUAAAGUUGAGAAUGCUGCAAAAGCAGCGGGUAUGCUAACGCAUGAAUACUGCACUGAAAUAUCAUUGAAAUUCCUAGAAAUGUGUCAUAUGUUUGGUAUUAAAUAUUCAGAUUUUAUUAGAACAACUGAAAAACGACAUAUGAAUGCAGUUCAUCAUUUUUGGAAUUGUUUAGAAGAAAGAGGGCACAUUUACUUAGGAAGAUAUUCUGGAUGGUACAGUACAUUGGAUGAAACUUUUGUCUCGGAUACAGAAUUAAUAGAAGAGAAAGAUAAAGCUGGAAAUAUUAUACAAGUAUCAAACGAAUCUGGGAAUCCUGUGGAGUGGACCGAAGAAGAUAAUUACAAAUUUCGGCUUACUUCUUUCAAAGAUGAUUUAAAAUAUUGGCUGAAGAAUGAAAAUACAGUACAACCGGCAAUAUAUCGUAAUACGUUGUUGAAUUGGAUCGAAGAUCUACAAGACUUAAGUAUUUCUAGACCUAUUAGCAGAGUGCCCUGGGCAAUUCCUACUCCGAAUGAUAACUCUCAUACCAUAUAUGUAUGGUUUGAUGCAUUAGUGAAUUAUUUAACUGGGGUAAACUAUCCGAAUAGAUCGUUUAAACAAUUUUGGCCACCAUCCAUACAGGUUGUAGGAAAAGAUAUAUUGAAAUUUCAUGGCAUAUAUUGGCCAGCAUUUUUGAUAGGUGCUGGCCUCGAACCACCAAAGAAACUCUUAUGUCACGGGCACUGGACUAUCGAUGAUCUGAAAAUGUCAAAAUCUAGAGGAAAUGUGAUUUCUCCAUUUGAAGCUAUGACUAAUUACACACCAGAAGGUUUAAGAUAUUUCCUCUUGCGUCAAGCGGUACUACAUUCGAAUGCAAACUAUAAUGCUAAAAAAAUUCAGAACUUAUUAAAUGCCGAACUUGCCAAUAACAUGGGAAACUUAAUUAAUCGAUGUUUGGGUAAAAGUAUCAAUCCGAACAGAACGAUACCUUCUCCAAGCACCUAUAUAGAAGUUUUAAAAUCCAAAGCAGCUAUUGAAAAUAUAAAAACUCUGGAAGUAAUAGGUGAAAAAACCAGAGUGUUUUAUGAGAAAUGUCAGUUGCAUAACGUAGUAGAUACUGUCAUGAAUAUGUUACACAUUUCAAAUCAAAUGUUCAACGACCAUAAACCAUGGUAUUUACGCGAAUCUAGUAACUUUGACUCAGCCAAAGAACUCGAAGCUGUGAUAUCUCUUAGUUUAGAAAGUGUACGGGUGGCCGCUACGAUAUUAUACCCAAUAAUCCCAAGAGUAGCUUCUACUAUCCUGGAUUCGUUUCAAAUGCCAAGAUUAGAUCGUAGUUGGAACGAAACAACACCACUUCACAUAACAGAUGCUUUAAAUAGAACAAAUCGUACUGUACUACAAAAUGAAUUGUUAUUUAAAAAAAUAAAUUAAAAAUGUAUCGAGUGGAUUUUCAAUACCAAUUGAGAACGGUCAUUCAAACAUAUCAUUAGUAUACAUGAACAUCGUGCACAUGUCACUCCGACAAGGGAGACUUAGUCGUUUAAUGGCCUCUUUUUAAUUUACUAUGAUAUAUAUUCCUAACAUCCGCUUCUCUCUCUAGUCGGAAUGCAAUGCACUUUGCAGCGUAGAUAUAGAUGUAUGGAAGUGGCUCGACGAAACAUCGUGAGCGCUGGUAGCCUUUCGCGAGGAUUUCUUUCGUUUGGAAUAUAUUACGCAGAUUCGAGUUAGAUUCAACGGGUUACACGUGAUUUUGCGUUACGUUAGCACCUAAACGAAACAUCGCUUAAAAUGCAUAAAAUACGUGGAUCGCGACUGGGUGUCCCGUCAAAUAGAAAAAUAAAUAAAUGUCUAUUUACAAGAUGGAAAAUGAAUCUGUGCGGGUUUCGCCGCAGUUCUAAUACUAAUAAGCUACGAUUCGACAGACGUUACUAUUAGUGCUCCGCGUAACAUCCAGCUUUACGUCGUAGAUGCGCUAUCAACAUGAUUUCAUAAUUACAAUUGCUUUAUGAGAACGUUAUUCUAAAUACCUACACUCGAAUUUCUCUACGAAUAAAUCUGUUUUUUUUUCUCUUUUUUAUUUCAAACUGAUAUCUUCCUGUUGAAUUUCUACACAGCUCUCGUUUAUUUAUUUAUUAUUUUUUUUAAUCGUGGGUGGAUUAUGUCUCAUGGAUAUGUUUUGAACUACCUUUUGGUGAUUGUCUUUAAUUUUCCUCUUAAUCGAUUGCUUAUACCGACAAGUUUCGUCACCUUUCACCGUUUAUGGAUAAAAAAUACUGAGUAAAAAAAUUCAUACGGAAUUUUCGUCGUUCAUCCUAAGCCAUAAUUAAUAUCGAUUUCAGUUUUUAGCGCCGAAACGGAGGGAUUGAGACAACAUUGAACUUUCCCUAGUAUGUUCGAUAUGUAGAUAAUUCUAUUGCUUAGGGCGAUACGAUAUCUGUACAUUUUUAUAGCAUAUUAUAUCCGUUUAAAAAUACAGGACAAAAUUGUGUUAUAUGAACCUUUGGUUUCGCGAAAACCAAUUUGUAGAAUGUUCAAGUUUCGAUUAUGGCAAGUACAGGUUCAGAUUUUUUAACACUCUGCAUUAGUCUUUUUUUUGUUGUAUUCGAAUACGAUACGAUCGAUAAUUACGUUAUUUGGCAAAUUCAUAAAGGAAAAGUUCAAUAACGUGCUCUGUAUUACGACAAAAUUUCGUAAAUUGUGUAAUAUCUUGCUUGAAUAAGUAAACGACAAACUUUAUCGUUACGGUUAACGUUGAUAUUUAUAAUUGCUGUUCUAAACGUUCCAUAAGUUUUCGCGGGCUAGUAGUAGAAUGCAAGCAGUGUUCGACCCUUUAAAAAAGAAUUUAAAGUAUUUACCGGAAUUUUGAUUUAACGAUUUUCUGAUUCGAUCGACCAGAUUUACACGUUAACACGAGAUGUUGACUUACGUACUGUCGCUGGAAGGGAUCUUGUGAGGUCGUAAACCGAAACAGUAGUUAUUGCUUUAUUGGCCCAGGUAAUUGAUCCGUAGGACGACAGAGGUG